AUGUCCACAAAGGAAAACUUGCCAUGGGUCGAAAAGUAUCGCCCUUCUUCGCUUGAAGAGGUGUAUGGACAAGAGGAAAUUGUCAAUACUGUGCGCAAGUUUGUGCACGAGGGAAAAUUGCCUCACUUGCUUUUUUACGGUCCCCCCGGAACAGGAAAAACGUCCACCAUCACAGCCUUAGCCAAAGAAAUCUAUGGGCCCAAUUACAAGAACAUGGUGUUGGAGUUGAACGCCAGUGACGACCGUGGUAUUGACGUUGUCAGAAACCAGAUCAAGGACUUUGCCAGCACCAUGCAGAUUUUCAGCCGGGGUUUCAAAUUGAUCAUUUUGGAUGAGGCUGAUGCAAUGACGGCCGUGGCCCAGAACUCGUUGCGUAGAAUCAUCGAGCGGUACACAAAAAACACGCGCUUCUGCAUCUUGGCCAACUACUCGCACAAGCUCAAUCCGGCGUUGCUCUCCAGAUGCACGAGGUUCCGGUUCCAGCCGAUUUCGCAAGAAGCCAUACGAGACCGAGUGCACAAUGUGAUUCAGAAAGAGAAGUUGACCCUUGCGCCAGACGCCGAGAACGCGUUGCUUGCCCUUUGUAAGGGAGAUAUGCGCCGUGCGUUGAACGUGCUACAGGCAUGUAAAGCGGCGCUUGAGCACGAGGAGGCUCAGAUCGAUAUUGACAUGAUCUAUGAGUGCAUAGGGGCCCCGCAUCCCCAGGACAUCGAGGCGGUUUUGGACCUGGUGUUGAAAGACGACUGGACGACUGGUUUCUUGACAUUCCAGAAAUACAAGACCACGAAAGGAUUGGCGCUCGUGGACCUCAUCCUGGGAUUCGUGGACAUUCUUUCCAACUACGAUUUGAAGCCGGUGACGAGAGCGAAGAUCUUGCAGGGUUUGGCAGACAUCGAGUACGGGAUCUCAAAGGGCGGCAGUGAGAAGAUUCAGACGAGUGCCGUGAUAGCUGUAGUGAAACAAGCGAUGGAAAGCCAGGCUUAG